AUGCAGCAACAGCGCGAGAAUAACACGUUUGUGUUUGGGCCAGAAGUGGGCUCCUCCGGCCGCACGAGUGGAGGCGACACAGUUCCAGUCCGAGGCCCGUCCCCUGUGGAGCGCCGGCGGAGAGAACCAGGACACCCACGCGCUCACAGAGAGUUCACAGAUCAGAGAAACACUGGGGGUGCGGAUCUCGGGGAUGAUGUGUGGACCCUUGCCCCAGCCGGGAAUGACGUUUCAGCGGAGCUAGAGCCGUGUCGUGCGCUCCACCUCUGGAACUGUUGGUUUUCCGUCAUGAGGACUUUGGUGCGCUCUCUGCUGCUCUGGGCGGCCGCGCUGUGGCUGUGUGCGGCCGCACUGCUGUUGGACGGGCGCAGUGUGGAGGCUGAAGGGGGAGACAUGGGAGAGGGGGCGGGGCUUCGGAGGGUGAAGAGAGGCUGGAUGUGGAACCAGUUCUUUCUGCAGGAGGAAUACACGGGCAGCGACUAUCAGUACAUCGGCAAGCUGCAGUCGGACCAGGACAGGGGGGACAGUGCAGUGAAGUACAUCCUGUCCGGGGAGGGCGCGGGCUCCAUCUUUGUCCUGGACGAGGAGAACGGAGACCUCCACGCCACGCGGCGCCUGGACCGCGAGGAGAAGAGCUUCUACGUGCUGCGCGCCACCGUGGUCAACAAGCGCACGGGCCUCAAGCUGGAGCCCGAGACCGAGUUCGUGAUCAAGCUCCACGACAUCAACGACAACGAGCCCACCUUCAGCCAGGAGGUGUACACAGGGAGCGUCCCGGAGCGCGCUGAUAUCGGGACGUCGGUGAUCCAGGUCACAGCAACAGACGCAGACGACAGCAUGUACGGGAACAGCGCCAAACUGGUCUACAGCAUCAGCCAGGGACACCCCUACUUCUCUGUGGACCCCAACACUGGAGAGCAGCCCCGACUCCAGGUCAGGGGGCCGCUGCCAGCCGGGGGCCCUCAUCACCUCUGA